AAUCUUGCAUUCCUGAUUCCGAGAGAUGGAGAACUGCUCAUAUUAUAAGCAUGUUCUCGUGCUUAUUUGUGUCUUUCAAGUAGUUGGUUUCAUACACGGUAUUGCUCACUGUAGUGUUGAAGAUGCCACGACAGAUCCGAAGCAGUUCCCAAAGUCAGAGGCGUUGCCUGGCAUGCAGAUUUCCAACUGGAAGAACAUGAUCCUUACCUGGGCUUCAACUACGGACUGUCGAAAUGGUCCGAUUGCACGUGUAGCAGGCCCAAACAGUUGGAGAAUAAGCGACGAUUGGUCACAGACGCUUAUCAACUUUGACACUUUUGCAGUUCGCUAUGGAUCUUCGUUAAAUACUUUGGAUCACUUUCUAACAGAUCCGAAGCUCUGGAAGGGUUCUGAGCUAGUUGGAAAGUCUGGCAUGAUCUGCUCAUCAAAAGGAGAAUUUUCGGCUACUUAUGAUAUGUAUGAUACGGAGCUGUUGCCGUUUCAAGUCACCACGAGUUUCUUUGUACCCGUUGAAGAACAAUUUUAUUUGAAGAAAAUAACUGUUACCAAUCAAAGUCCUUCCAAACUGUAUCUCAAAGUAUUAAGUAUUUUGGAGAAUGGUCUGAAGGGCAGCGAUUUUGGUCCUCUAAGCUGUCCUGUACAAGCAAGGCAAUCAAAUGAUAGCACAUUCUUUCAUAUUGAUAUGGAGAAAUGUGGAUCUUUUCAUAUCGGUGGUGGCGAGUUUUUGGAAAGUAAGAAUUUUAGGACAUCCACUCAGGUUGGACCAGCCACAGGAAACAAGUCUGCAUUUUCUGUUUUCCAGUUGUAUUCUGACGGAAACGGUGUUUCUUAUAUUACAGAAGACGUUCAUGUUCAGGCAGCUUCGGUGUUUCUGCUAGAAUUGAACGCAAACGAGAGCAAGUCAGUAUACAGUUUUCGAGCUGCAGCAUCGGAUGAAAGGAAUCUUUGGAAUGUUAUGAAAAAAGCUUGUGAGAAGAGCGCACAAGAAUGGAUAGUCUACACUGCGAAGUCUUAUGAGACAUGGCUUCAAAGCGGCAUUAGACCGAAUAUUUGUUCUGAGCCCGGAGAUGGCUUCGAGAAGGAAAACAGUUGUUUGGAUUCCGAUGCUGAAGAAUUGUUUACAAAGUCUCUCAUUUUGUUGAAAAAUAGUCAAAAUCCAACUCUAGGUUUAUUCGCUUCUAGUUUCCAUACUUUAUAUGGUUGGAAGGCCUGGAUGCGAGAUUGCAGCUUACAAGCCAUCAUUUUGGGUGAAGCUGGUUACCUGGAAGAGGAGCGGAAAUUUUUAGAGUGGGCUAGUUUUGCAGAAUUGCGUUCAGAGUGGAGUGGUGGAGGUUUCCAUAGUACAUAUAGUUCAUGGACUGGUGACGUUCAUGAUUUUGUGGAACCACAAUACGAUGCCUCAGCAUUGUAUUUGUUAGCUUUGUCGCAUUACAGCUUCAAAUCCAAUGAUUACAGUUUAUGGUAUGGACAAAAUGGAAAUUCAAGAGCAGAUAUGAUCGAGCAGCUUCUUCUUCGGAGAGAUUACCAAAGAUUGUGGGCACCGGACUUUUCCAUUUGGGAGGAGUCCUCGGAUCCUGUUACUGGAGAAAAGUUGCCCAGAAAGUAUUAUUCCUUCACUCAGUCUGCUGCAUUUGGGGCUUUGAUGGCUGCAGCGAAAUGUAGACGAAAACAGAAAAAUUUUCAGCGGGCAGAGCAGUUAGAGGAACGUGCUCGCGAACUGAGUGAAAGCUUGGAAAGAAUAUUUUGGCAAGAAGAAGAAGGACAUUAUCUUCGGAGUAUUGAGGAUGGUUCACGUAUGUGGCUUCCAGACCCUUAUGCUGCAGAUGGUCGUAUCGAUAGUUCGAGUUUGGGAUUAUUGCUUUUUGAUGUUGUAAAGAAUGAAAGUCGCCGAAUAGAACAUUUACGCAACGUCCAGUCGAAGCUCAGCCGUCGCAAGUGGGGUAUCGCCCGAUAUGAUGACGAUCAUUAUUUCUAUGACGGCAUCUUUUCGCCUUGUGGGUGUGAAGCUCGGAAUGCUUCACCACCUUGGGGCGUUACCACUAUGUUCACUGCGAUGAGUGAAUGGACGCAUAUAGAACAAAAUGCAAGUUUCGCCAAAAACGUUUAUGGGAGGCUUCAAUGGAUGGUUGAACACAGUGCCUAUGGAAUGAUGCCGGUUGGUGAGGCGAAUGAUGGUGUUACUGGAUUGUUUGUUUCUGCAUCGACACCUGACUUAUAUGAAUAUGCCGGAAUGUAUGUCUGGACUGUCUUAUUCGUGCAAGGGAAAGCUUGGUCAAUGAGUCCACUAAGUUGGGAUCGAAAUGAGUAGCCCUGAAGUCUAGUUAGGACUCCUGUUCAAUC